CGAGAGACAAAAACCCGCUGAAAGCUCCAACUAUGCCGAAGUGAACUGAACAACAAUGUCAGUGGAUUUUAUAGUUUUAUCGGGAUUUCUGCAGCGAUAACAAUAUUUCCAGAGAGAACAGAGCAUGUGUCAAGUUAUCCAUGAAAGACCAAAUGGCUGACAGAAACAUUGAAGUAAUUCAUCAGUUUCUUGUGGAUCAUAAUUUGGAGAGUACAGCUGAAACUUUGAUUCAAGAAGCAUCAAAAAUGGGUUUUCAGAAUUUUGAAUACAAAUUAAGAGAUUUUACUGAUCCAUAUGCUCAAUUAAAACUGUGUUACAAUAUUGGAGAUUAUUCAACAUUUUUUCAAUUAUGGAAUGACAUGUUCUCUGACAGUACUAAACAACGUAAAGAAUAUAAAAAAUUAACAUUUUAUUUACACGUGUAUUUUGCUAUUCUACCUAUAAGUAAACUAUAUGCAUAUGAAUAUAAAGAAAAUGAGCUAACAGGAUCACAAAUAAAUACGCUGAGAUUGUCUUUAACAGAUAUUUUUUUAGAAAAUCACGAAAAGAACAAUGGAACUGCAAUCGAAAAAAAUAUAAAUAACAGCAUGAAACAGCUGCAAGAUUACUUGAGUGGAGAUGGCAAGGAAUUAGAAUAUGAUAUGGAAUUACAACCGUUUUACGCGCUACCAUUUACAAAGGAUCUUCAUGCGAAUACUCUUUUCUCCAAAAUAUUAGAGCCGCAUUGGUUGAAUGAGCUAUCCAGAAAUCUCGAUUUAUUUGUUGCAGAUCAUAGACAAGACUUGACUAAUUUAAGUAACAUGAGCUACAAUAAAAUGCAACCACAAAAUCUACCUCAAGUUUGUACGACUGUGUCAGCGAUAAAAGUUGCGGAGUCGGAGCAAGAUAAAACUACAAAGGAUAACAUCCCGAUUGUGGCAAACGACAGAGAUAUACCCAUAUUUCUAGAAAACAAUGACGAGGAGCAGUACAGUUUUGACCACAAAAUCAACUGUAGUCUAAAAUCAAGUGGUACUCAAACGCACAUCACCGGCGACCAAAUUACGUUCGACAAUUUACGAGAAUAUAAGUCCGAUUUGGGAGAGAGUACUGACAGUUUAUCACGGAUGUACAAACAAGACAGAAAAUUGAUUCAACGCAAUCAGGAAUUAGUAUUUACAAGAAACCACCUAUACAGUAUUCAUAUGAAUUAUGAGAAGCUGAAGUUGAGAUUUCACAAGCUGCAUGCAGACUAUAAUAAAGUGAUAAACGUCGCUGGGGUAUUGACGGCCGCGCUGGAGAAUUCGGUGACAGACCGAACUGUCGAUAUACAACAAACGCUCGAGACUUGCUUGAACAUACACCCGGAAAUAUUUAAUCAGAAUAUAAGAGAUUUUUCUUGCACGUCUUUGCCGCAACGCGGACAUAGUAAUCGCCUGUACACGGACAAAAGGCCAUCAACAUUUGAUAUCACGACUGCACCGGUACCUUCAAAAUUAUUGGACUUCAAGAAGAUCAAGUUACAUCUACUUAACGGGGAUGUGAAAACAAAGUUGUUGCUAUUACAAGCGUUGCGUUGGAAAAUAACGUUCGCACAGUCUGCAGUGCGGGACGAGGUCCUGCAUGAAUAUAUGAGUCACGAUUUGCUGGGACUUCAUGGACAAAUUGCUAGCGACAACAGCAAACAACUUCUGCCGUGUCUGCUGACUGCGGGAGAGGCUUACGCCAGGCAUCUUUUGCAACAGUUUAUCGCACGAUUGCUAAACACACUGGCGUCCUUUAGAUGUGGAAGAGACUACUUAUCGGUCGGCUCCACUGUCGUGAACGCGACCUUCACUUGUCUCGACAAUAACUAUGCCGACGGAGUGGAUCCUUUCGCGUGCGAUAUGUUGAUGGCGAUGUUACAGAAACUAUCUUUACGCAGACAGCAACGGAUAUACAUGAUAGAAAGCGGACUGCUGGAAUGGUUGAUCAGUCACCUACACGACAAUUGUCGCGUCAUGAAUUUAUACAGACUCGACUACGCUACCGCGCUUUUGAUGAACCUGUCGUUACAUCGCUUAGCUCAUGCCAGGGCAGCGAAGAUCUCUUCGCUGCUCGUGUCCACUUUACUCAUUCUACUCUCAAUAGAUCACACGCCUUCGGUGCAAUAUAUUAACGAAACGCUAAAAAAUUUCUUGAGCAAUCCCGUGAUCAAUGAGGAAGCGAAGAAAAUAAAACGUUUGAAUAUGUCGGAUUAUAUCGGUGGUAAUUUGAAAACUGCAGAGAUAAGAAAGCAUCUAGAUCACGUAUUGAAGAUGCAGAGACGCGAAAACGUCAAUACACCGCAAAACGAGGAGACCGCAGAUGAUGAUGAUAAUGAAGAGCGGGAUGUAUUGGAAAGCGAGUUAGACGAGAAUGAUCCGCUGAAAAAUGUCGGUGAAUUAAACGGAGAGACUUUGCUUCAGAUGUGUUACAGCGUUUCCUCAAAGAUUCCUGAAGAUGUUAUAACUGUUGAUACGACACUACAGAAAAUAUCUACGUUAAAUUCUAUUGAUUUUUACAAUGAUCAACAGAAUAAUCAUUUAUGUACUGGCCGUCCGUCAUAUCCUGUGCUAAGGGACAGCAGUGAAACUGUAAUGACAUCUUCUAUGACUCUUGCAUCCGGUCGCGAAAAUAGUCAAACAAUAGAAGGGGAAAAAUGCAGCAGCAUAGCAUCACUCAGUAGCAUUGCUUAUAGGAAUGCUAAUAACUACGAUAGCAAUGCACUUAACGAUAACUCAUGGAAAAAUGACUUAGAACUCGCUAAAGAAGAAGAGGCAUUUUUGGCAAAGCCUAAGAUAUCGAGAACACCUCCGUGAUUAGAUGAAUAUCGAAGAUUCUAAUUAACAAGUGCUACUAAAAUGUUAGUUCUAUUAGAUAAAAAUCAUAAAACUAUUUAUAGAAAAUCAUAGAAUAACUUAAUUUAUUGCACGAAGCAUUCUUGGCGAAGAGCAAGUAAGUAGAUCAAAAGCACAUUUACAAGUAAUAAUAUCACACACGAUGUUUCCAAAUGUAAAUAAUAAAAAUAUUUUAAAUGCCACUACAAUUAUUACAUUACAAUUAUUCAAAUAUCUUGGAAGGGAAAAACAAUGAAAACGCCAAUUUCAACAUUUACAAAGGAUCGAACGGCAUCUUUAUUCUGAAUGACGCAUCGAAUCAAUUCUUAUAUGUGUGAGA